GCAAGCUGAAAGAUUCGCUCUGAGAGCAAAAGUCUCUUUUCGUCUUCGUCUCAAUGGCGAAGGAGGCCGGAGCUCACAGAACCGUACUACUAUUAUGCGGAGAUUACAUGGAAGAUUACGAGGUGAUGGUUCCUUUCCAAGCAUUGCAAGCAUUCGGAAUCUCUGUUCACGCCGUUUGCCCCGGAAAGAAGGCCGGCAAUGUUUGCCCGACCGCCAUUCAGUACGGUUGUGGUCAUCAGACGUAUUCUGAGUUUCGUGGUCAUAAUUUUACGCUGAAUGCAACAUUUGAUGAAAUUGAAUUCAGCGAAUAUGAUGGAGUGGUGAUAGCAGGAGGACGUUCCGGGGAGUACCUUGCUACAAAUGCAUCUGUUGUAGAGUUAGUGAAGAAACUUCACGUUUCCGGGAAGCUAAUAGCCGCUAUUUGUCAUGGGCAAUUGAUAUUGGCUGCUGCAGACAUAAUUAAAAGUCGAAAAUGCACAGCAUACUACACUUUGGGACCUGUGCUCAUUUCUGCAGGUGCUUCCUGGGUAGAACCUAACGGUUUAGUUGGCACUGUCGUCGAUGGAAAUAUUAUAACUGGUGUUACAUACAGGGGUCAUCCUGAGUAUAUUGCCCAAUUAUUGAAGGCACUUGGUGGAAAGAUAAGUGGUGCUGAUAAAAGGAUCCUAUUUCUUUGUGGAGAUUAUAUGGAAGAUUAUGAAGUAACUGUUCCUUUCCAGUCCCUUCAAGCUCUAGGAUGCCAUGUUGAUGCAGUUUGCCCCAAGAAGAAGGCUGGUGAUCUCUGCCCAACUGCUGUCCAUGAUUUUGACGGUGACCAAACUUACAGUGAGAAGCCUGGCCAUACUUUUACCUUGACAGCGGAUUUCGAUUGUCUAGAUGCCACAAGUUAUGAUGCUCUUGUCAUUCCCGGAGGUCGGUCACCGGAAUAUUUGGCAACGAAUAAAGAUGUCAUUGCAAUUGUGAAAGAAUUCAUGGAAUCCAGGAAGCCAGUGGCAUCCAUUUGCCAUGGACAGCAGAUUCUAGCUGCUGCUGGCGUUUUGGAGGGAAGGAAAUGCACUGCAUACCCUGCUGUGAAGCUUAACGUAGUCCUCGCGGGGGCAACUUGGCGAGAACCGAGUCCAAUAACUCGCUGCUUCACUGAUGGAAAUUUGGUUACUGGUGCAGCUUGGCCAGGCCACCCAGAAUUCAUUUCCCAGUUGAUGGCAUUGCUUGGCAUCCAAGUUUCUUUUAGUUGAUCUUCGUCAUGAUAUUAUAUGCUCCAUUUGCAUAAAUAUAAAUACAUACAUACCAAUAUAUAUAUAUAUGUAUAUAUCUAUAUAUGCACGAGAUGGGAGAAUGAGAAUUUAAGUGAUUUGUGUCAUAGCAAUGUGGAUCAGAUGGAAAGUUUUCUCCAUCUAGUUGAUAACUACAGAGCUGUUAUCCUCGCCUUGUUCGUAUGCAGCUUAGCUGUAACAAACGACAGAACAUCUGUAUGUAUUGUUAUAUAUAUAUAAGAAAUAAAGAAUUUAAGAAGUGUUUUGAUGUAUUAAA